AUGGAGUUGUUUUCCCUUGAUGUGUGCCACGUGGGCCGCCGCUGCGUGCUGCUGCGCGAGCGCUACUCCACGGCGACGGACGUCGGCCAGCUCGGCGGUGCCGUCGGCUGCUACGUGAGGGAGGCGUCGCCGCCGGACAUGGAGUGGGUACCCGUCAUGUACAUCGACCGCCGCUACUCGCUCGGUGGCAUCCACCUGCGCGUGCUCGUACAGCACGAACCACCAUUUGCAAUAUACGAAGACAAAACGCGAGCCAGCGGCUUCUUUGGCGGUUUGUGGCACAUCCUGGAAACACGGAUGAAUUUUAGGUCUGACAUGGAGCGCAUGCAGGGUGACCAGUGCGGCUGCAGCGCCAGCUGUGAGCUGCUGAGGCGGCUGGAGGAGGGCAGCGUGGACGCGGCGCUGGGCGGCAUCUCGCUGUCGCCCGAGAAGGCGGACGCCGCCUCGCUGCUGCUGCCCGUGCUCACCGUCAAGUACUCGGUGUACAUCCGCGCGCUGCCCUCGCUGUCCACGGACCUGGCGUCGUUCCUGGUGCCGUUCUCUGCGCGGCUGUGGCUGGCCAUCGCCGCCACCGUCGUCUGCUCCUCCCUCAUGCUGGCCCUCAACUGCCGCCUCAGGCACCACCACUGCCGCUGCUCCCUCACGGACGCCUUCAUCGACGUCUACGGCAUCAUCUGCGCACAAGGUGCACACGAGACGGCGUGCACGAGCAGCGCCGGCAGACUGGUGCUGCUGGGCGUGCUGAUGGUGGCCACGACGGUGCCCGCGGCCUACUCGGCGGUGCUGGUCUCCCUGGCUGUCCGCUACCCGGACUUGCCCUUCUAUGACCUGCCGGGCCUGCUGAGGCACGGGGGCUACACUGUUGGCGUUCUGAGGAACUCCACGGAGCACAGCUUCUUCAGCACCACAUCAGAUCCAACAAUGCAGCGGGUAUACAACAGACUAAUGGAGCCUGAUCCUGAGAAUUUUCCAGCAACAGAUGCCAAAGCCUUUCAGCGAGUGUGCGAAAAGAACUUCGCUUACUUCAUCCCUCAAGAGUAUACUUAUGCUAUCAUGGACAACAUCUCGUGCAACGUUGUGCCACUACCCACAACACACUUCCACCUUAGUUUAACUAUCGCACUAGCGAAAGACAGUCCAUACAAUAUGCUCUUCAACCACAACAUCCAAGUUCUUCGGCGCAAUGGCAUUAUCCAGAAACUGUACAGAGAAUGGUGGCCACGCAGAGAAUAUGAGCAAGAUGACCACUGGGAAGCAGUGGACAUGGAUCAACUUAUGUCUCCAUUUGGUAUAUUACUGAUUGGCAUCCUUGUGGCCUCCCUCAUUGGUGCAGCUGAAAUUUGCUGGCAUCUAAAGCAUAAGAGAUCGUCAACAAAUCCUGCAAAGUAUAGACUGUUCCUUCAGAUGACAAAUAGAAACCUGAAACUGAGAUUUUAAAGAUGUAAUGAAAUAUUUGAAGCAAGAGACUGACAAGAUUUUACUACUACUUCUACACAUCUGCUGCCACUACUAUUAUACAUAAUUCAGUACUGGGUCACGAAUAACCCAUGACACUGUAAUGACAACAGAGAUGACGAUGAACACCACCACUACCUUCCUUAUAGACAUCAAUGUACCCAACCCAUAAGAUGCAAAACAUCUGCUGUGAGAAGAUGAUCAAAUAUAUGGACUUGGCAGCUGAGGUGAAAGCCAUGUGGAAACAGAAGUUUGUACCCAUCAUCUCUGUAGUAAUGUCAGUCACUGUUGUGUUGUCCUAAAACAUACAGAAGAAUGUACAGGACCAAAAACUGCCUCCUCCUCUCUGUUGGCAACUGCUGAAGGCAGUUACAGUGCACACCUGCAGAAUAGUUCAUCACAGUCUUGGAGAACAUAGUUGAUUUAGUAGUAACUUGUUAUUUAAACCAUUAUCUUUAUAUCAGUGCCAUGUAAAAAUGAGAGUAAUAAUAAUAACUUUCACCAGAUAGAGUAGGCAAAACAUAGGCAGUAGCCCAGACUAUUCAACACUGAACUGUAAGGUCCUGCUUCUUACCAGUAACUGAGCACAGGUUCUUGAGCAGUAGGUACUAGUAAUCAGUACCGACAUUUAAAGUAAUCACUGUACUUAAGUUUCUGAAAGUGCAUAAUAUAGUUUCAUAUGUGCUUCUGUGUAGAAGUGAACAGCCAUCAGGUAGCCAUGACUAAGGAUGAUUAUAAAUUAUGAUUUGUUUUGGUCGAAUAGUUGACUACUAUCCAAAAACAACAGGAAGCAAGGUUGUAACCAAGCUGACACCUAAUUGUAGCUAGUGAGCCACGUUUAGGUCUGAUGUAGUGUGGGAACAGUUGUACAAGAUGGAUAGCUAAAAGACUGGUCCAAUACUUUGAACAAACAAGUUCAAGGCAUAGCAUUUCAUUGGCAAAUAAAGCUGGUUGGUCUUACCUCUUCUGGAGUAAUGGCCUCUCAAAGGUAGUGAACAGCAGCCACAGAAGGAAAAGAAGGGGCUGUUAGAUAUAGGCAACUCAAAUAAGGUGCAGAGUGGUUGAGAGGUGCACUACAUACUUGAUUUAACCACAUGUGUGGCCAAGUACAUCUGGAAUUAACUCAUUUUUCCUGUUUUUUUCCCCUUCAUUGUUCCUUUUCUUGUAAGGUAAACUACUUUAACUCAUACAACAAGGAAAAACACUCUGUGGUAUUGGAUUACAGUAGUAGUGGCACACAGUGUUCAAAAAUUUUGGAGGACAAAGAUGUUAAAUCAAAAUCGGGGAAGGCAAUUGGUAGAGGCUCAUCGAAAAUGUGGUGCACCUUUAAAGGAAACUACGUGCAAGAUGUCAGUGUGAUGAGUUUUAGAGUACUGCUUGUAUCAUUUAAGUCCUUAUCAAUCAGACAUGACAACAGGCAUGUAAUGAAUUCUGAAAUGCACUGCUUUAUUUAUCAAAAGUAAUGCAGCAUAUUGAUAUAAUUGGGACCCUCAAGGAUAGGUAGUUUUGAAAAAAAGGCAACAUAUGCUUCUUGAAACUGUGGGCUAAAUGUAAAGAGCCUGUGUUAAAUUCUGUGGAAUAAUGCUGCUGUUUCCUUUGUAAAUGUUAUGUAGAUUCUGCGGUAAUAUAAGACAUCAUGGCAUAUAAGGGCAUAUGGAUAGUCAUUUUCCAUUGUUCCAUAUUGGUAACAGCAACAUUUCAUUCCUACAACUUCAUCCUUGAACCCCCGUCCAUACAAUAUCCAGUGGCUUGAGAACAGCAUAUGUAGAUUUAGAAAUUAGCAUCAGAAUCAUGGUACUGAGGCUGCUGCUUCUCAUUUGUUGCAGAAAACAUAAAUCUGGAAUAUAAGUUUCACACUCUGAGAAGCUCAGUUUAUGUGCUGAAGAGGUACCAACUUCUUUGUGUACAAUCUCAUGAUUAAUUAGCAGAAUGUCUUGA